AUGAUUGCUAUUCGCCGAGCUGCUGCUGUCACCUCGAAGUGCACCUUUGUGGCACCAACGCAAGUCUUGGGAUUUUCCACUUUCAAGGACAAGGAAAAAGCCGUUGAGGCUAUCUACUUUAAUAAGCAGGAUGAGAAGACACUGCGCAAGCUGCUGCAGAAGAUGAAGGGCCAGACUGAUGUAACUGACAAAGAGGGUUCGAAAAACCAUCUUGAACAUGACAUGAAGGGUUUGAAGGAAAUUCCUGGACUUAAGCUGAACGAUGAACAGGUUCAGGCGUUACUUAAAUGGAAGCACCAGCACUAG